AUGUCCAACCCACACAGGUUGCUGAUAUUGAGAGCAUCCGAAGGAUCGAAACCCAACACAGCCUUCGACCUCGACGCCGGCAUCGUGGGUUGGGAUGGGCAGGAUGACCCAGAAAUGCCACUCAACUUCCCAGAGUUCAAGAAGUGGCUGCUCGUGGGUCUGCUUUCGGGUAUCACCCUGGUGACGCCCUUUGCUUCCUCCAUCCUCUCGCCGGGAAUUUCAAGCCUCAUGCUUGAAUUCGACGAGCCCAACGCCAUUGUAGGAGCAAUGACGGUUAGCAUUUAUCUGCUCGGCUACGUGAUUGGUCCUAUGUUCCUGGCGCCGCUCUCUGAGAUAUACGGGAGGCGACCAGUACUGACAGCUGCGAAUAUCUUUUUUUGUAGCUGGCAGAUCGGGUGUGCUCUCGCUCCCAACAUCGGCGCACUCAUCGUCUUUCGUUUCUUCUCCGGUGUUGGUGGCUCAGGCUGCAUGACCCUUGGCGGAGGCGUCAUCGCAGACCUGUUUCGUCCAGAGCAAAGAGGUUUUGCCAUGGGAAUGUGGGUUCUUGGUCCACUCUUCGGCCCUACUAUCGGUCCGCUCAUAGGAGGCUUCGUUGCCGAGACCUUGGGGUGGAGAUGGGAUUUCUGGAUCGUCCUCAUCGUCGGGGUUCUAUUGACGACUCUGAUCGAGAUUCUCAACAAGGAAACAAGUCAUCGUGUUCUCAUGCAAAACAAGGUCAACAAGUUGAAGAAGCAAUUUGGUAGGGACGACCUGAGGAGCUGCUACGAUAGUGCCGAGGCGCACAAGCUCUCCAGGGGUCAGAUCUUGUUCAAUGGUCUCGUUCGACCCAUCAAGAUGUUGUUCUUGUCCCCUAUCGUGUUUCUUUUGAGUCUCUACAUGUCUUUCGCUUACGGCACCCUCUACCUGCUCUUUACCACAAUUCCUACCGUUUUCGAGGACACGUACGGUUUCAACAUCGGUCUGACUGGUCUCGUCUAUCUGGGACUUGGAACUGGCACAACCAUUGGGUGGCUCGUCAUCACCCUCUACUCGGACAAAUCUGUGAUUCGGCUCGCCAAGAAGAGAGAUGGCGAAUUUGAGCCCGAGAUGAGACUCUGGCUCGCCAUCUGGUUCUCCUGGGCGUUGCCUAUCACUUUCUUCUGGUACGGUUGGUGCGCCGAGUAUAAAGUGCACUGGAUGUCAGCUAUCCUCAGCUUGGUUCCUUUCGGUUUCGGCAUCAUGGGUAUUUUCCUUCCCAUUAACACAUACCUUGUCGAUUGCUAUCCAAUGUAUGCAGCUUCGGCAAUGGCUGCCAAUACUGAACUGCGCAGUCUUGUUGGCGCCCUUCUGCCCCUCGCCGGAACGCCCAUGUACAACGCAUUGGGCCUAGGCUGGGGCAAUUCUUUGUUGGGAUUCUUGUGCAUACUCAUGAUCCCAUUGCCGAUUAUUUUCAAUCGCUUUGGAAAGCGGCUGCGCCAGUUGGAAAAGUUUAAACUGUAACUAGAUGAUACUAGGCUUAGAAACAAAGGGUGUAUUAUUAACAUCCAAGCGUUGUGUUCCUUGUUCAAUAUGUUUGCAGGUUAGAUCUGGGCAAUGACACCAAAAAAGGAUUACAAACAC